AUUCACUUCAUACACCUAUUUCCAUUUCUUCUUCUUCUUCUUCUUCCUUUCUCUCUCAAUUAUCUCAAAUCCCAACAACUUCUUCAAUAGUUCAUCAUAGUCAUCAAACCCCAUUUCAAGAAAAUCCCAAAAAAAAUUCUCUAUUAUCUUAUACAUAUCCCUUUUUUUCAUCUCAAAAAAAAAAUUAAUCCAAAUCUUUCUCAAACAAGUUUAUAACCUACUUACAAACACAAGAAAUUAACAUGAGUUAGUUCGUUAUAAUCUGUCUUAUUUUCCAGAUUACUAAUCUCACUCGUCGCGCUUUAUUACCUUUUCCCCUUUUUCGAAAAACCAUGGAGUUAUUUCCAUCACAACUUGAUUUAUCUUUACAAAUUAGCCCUCCAAAUACUACUACUACUACUACUCAUCAAGAAGAAAAUAAUAAUAUGGAUUUGGGAUUUUGGACAAGAGCUUUGGAAUCAAGAAAAUCCCAUAAUAAUAUUCAUACUAACACUUCUUGUUUUGACCUAUCUUUAUCAUCAAAUAUUCCAAAACCCAGUAGUAUUAAUAUUAAUGUUAAUACUACAACUCAUCAAGAACCUAAUUACCCUUCUAGCCAAUAUUUCAUAAAUAACCCUUUUAGUACUCCUCCUCAUCAUCAUCAUCAUAAUCUUGGUUAUUUUAGACCUAUAAGUGGAGUUCCAUUAUACAAUAAUCAAAACCCUACAACUACAUUACCUAUAAUACCAUCUUCUCAUCCUAAUACUUUUAAUAAUUAUAAUAUUAACCCUAUAUCUUCAUCAAAUAGCCACUUUCAAUCCUAUAAUCAUCAUCAUAAUCAUCAAAAUGGGCUAAUGAGAUCAAGAUUUUUUUCAAGAUUUCCAACAAAAAGAAGUAUGAGAGCUCCAAGAAUGAGAUGGACAAGUACACUUCAUGCUCGUUUUGUUCAUGCUGUUGAGCUAUUGGGUGGACAUGAAAGAGCAACACCCAAGUCAGUUCUUGAGCUUAUGGAUGUGAAAGAUCUCACUUUGGCUCAUGUUAAAUCUCAUUUACAGAUGUAUCGAACGGUAAAAACAACUGAUAAAUCAGCAGCAGGAGCAGCUUCUUCAGGACAGUCAGAGGUGUUUGAUAAUGUGUCAUCUGGGGAUAAUUCUGAUGAUUUAGUGCUUGAAAUUCAAAAUUCAAACAAGUCUGAAUUUUCAUCAGUUCACAAUUAUGGUGGACUUUGGAGUAAUUCUUCAAGCAGGGAAAGUUGGCAGUUGCAUGGCAAUAAUCUAGAAGAUUAUCAUGGAAAUAUACCUUCUUUAAAGAAAGACAUGGAAGCAAAAUGCACAAGUUAUGAAGGAAUAUCAACAGAAGUGAGCUCAUCAAGCAUAACACAUGAAGCAAGUCCAAAGAAGCCUAAUUUGAAUUUCACUUUGGGAUUUCCUAAUAUUUCAUAGUAUUUAUAAAAAAAAAAAAAUAUCAAAAGUUUUUUGCAUGGAGCAAAAAAGUAGUACUCAUUUUGAAAUCAUUAGUAAAAAGAAAGGCAAAAAAAAAAAAGUGAAAUGAAAAAAGACAAGGAGACAAGAAAAAGCAAGAAAAAAAGAAAAAGGAGGGGAAAAAAAAGUACAUUUUCCUUUUUCCAUUUAUAUAUAAUAUAUAAUAUAAUAUUCUUGUGAUAAUAUCCAAAUCAAAUAGUACAUUAUGAAAUUGUUCA